AUGUCAGGACAUUGUCUUUUGUAUGCAGAGGAUCCUAUUCGUUUUGACGGUUCACUCGCCAUAUCGGACAAAAAAAUGAACGAGAUCGCCAUUCCAAAAGAUGCUUCAUUUUUUCAAAGAAACCCUUACAUAGUAUUAGAUAAAGAGACUGGAGAAUGUGUUAUGGUAACACUCGAUUUCGAUCAUGUUCCUCUAAAUCCGAGAUGGGCUUCGAAUCCGUGUCAUUUUAAUUCUCGGGACAACUUGCUGGAGAGUACAAUCGAUACAACUGGGUUAGACAACCCCUAUAUUGAUCUUGCUAAAAUUAUAAAUGGUAACGAUAAAGAGAUCAAGACAUGUACAAUAUUUGCAAUAGGGUUCAUGAAGUCUGAUGGGACCUCAAUUUCUAAUACUAUUGUACAAGCAAUUCGGUCAUCGUUACCGAGCAUUAUUUCUGUAACUGAUACAAGCGGUGUUGAAGUUGUUCGAUCUAAAGACAUCAUUAUUAACAAUAUGGGUAUAUUGAUUCUUUUAAAAAAUGUACACAUUGACGGUUCAUCUCAACGAUGGAUAUCUUCUACACCAUUUGGACUAGGACCGUGCAAGACGAGCGGACGAUGCGGUAUUCUGGGGAAUUGGAAAUACAAGCUCGCCCCCGACUACGAGCUGGCCGGCGGCGAGAGCGGCGGCGCCCCUGCGGUGCCCGCGCCCGCCGUGCCGCCCGCCCCCGCGCCCACCGUGCCUUCGCUGGCGCCCUCGCUCAAUGCCGCCUUCCCUGCCUCCUCCUUCCACGCCGUCAACGUCCUCCUGCACGCCGCCGUCACCGCCGCCUUCGUGGGCGUGCUGCAGUGCGUCGGCGUGGGGCCGUGGGCGUGCCUAGGCGCCGGCUCGCUCUUCGCCGCCCACCCCGUGCACGUCGAGGCCGUCGCGGGCGUGGUGGGGCGCGCGGAGUUGCUGGCCGCCCUUGCCUUCUGCCUGGCCCUCGCAGCCUAUACCAAGUACCUCCGCGGGCGUGCGACGGGGCGGGCAUGGGCGCGGCGGGCGGGCGGCGCCUGCGCCCAUGGGUGCCUGCGAGCGGAAGAGAGCCUGGCGGCGCACAAGGCGCUCAGCUGUUCGUCCGGCUUCUCGUGGGGCGCCGGAGAGUCUUGGUGCCAGCUACAGCUGCCAGCGUGGGCGUGGCUGGCCCUCAGCGUGGGCGGCGCCGGAGUGGCCAUGGCGUGCAAGGAGCAGGGCGUGACGGCGCUCGGCGUCGGCCUCCUGCUGCACGCGGCCGCCGUCGUCUCGGGGACGCCCAGGAACAAGUCUUUAGUGCACGCCCUCAUCCGCGAGUUGUGGCCGGGCUGUGUGGGUUCGGCCAUGCUGCUGUGGGCGCGCGUGAGCCUGGCGCCCCACACGCCCUCCUUCACGCCCGCGGACAACCCGGCCGCCCACGCGCCGUCGCUGCUGACGCGCACGCUGAGCAUCGCGCGCGGGUGGGCGGUGCACGGGCGCCUGCUGGUGUGGCCGGCGACACUGUCGUUCGACUGGUCCAUGGGCGCCGUGCCGCUCGUGACCUCGCUGGGAGACUCCGCCAACUUGGAAACAGCGGCGCUGCUGGCGGUGGUGGCGGCGGGGGCCGCCUCUGCCGCCGCCGCCUGUUGGAGGGCGCGCAGCCGCGUCGCUUAUUUCACCAAACUGUACACAUAUCACAGCCACCACGCCUACCACGACGUGCUCAACAACAACGUGCAGCACGGGGACGUCGACGGCGCCCUCCCCGCCGCCCCCACCGCCCCCUGCUGCGCCGCCAGCCACUCUGCCGCCUGGUGGCACUCCAACCCGCUCCUGCUGGUGCUCGCGUGGGCGCUGCUCGUCGUGCCCUUCCUCCCCGCCUCCAACCUCGCCGCCUACGUGGGCUUCGUCGUGGCAGAGCGAGUCCUCUACGUGCCGUCGAUGGGCGCGUGCCUGCUGGUGGCGCUCGGGUGCCAGAGCCUGUGGCACCGCCUCGGCUCCUGCAAGAGCCAUCGCACAGAGCCACGAAGUACUAAAAGCAGACGCUGCCUCCGAGCGCGCCGCGGAAGGCUGGCACUCGCAGGCACUUGGGUCUUCCUCUUGCUCCUCCUCAGUGCCAGAACUUGGAGGAGAAACCAGGACUGGGCCAGCGACGAGACACUCUAUCGCUCCGGCGUGCACAUCAACCCGCCCAAGGCUUUGGCCAACCUGGGCGUGGUGCUGAGCGAGCAGGGCAGGCUGAGGGAGGCGGAGACAGCGUAUCGCGGGGCCCUAGACCACGCCCCCACCAUGGCUGACACCCACUUCAAUCUAGGACUGCUCCUGGCGUCGACUGGCCGGCACGAGGAGGCCAUGGCCAGCUACAGGGCGGCGCUGCGAUGCCGUCCGUGGCUGGCCCAGGCGCACCUCGAACUGGCCCAGGCGCUGCAGCAGAUGGAACGCCACGACGAGGCCAUCAGGGUGCUGGAGCUGUGCCGCGGGACAGGCUCGGCGCCGGCGAGGGACGGCUGGACGCACGCCUGGGCCGUCACCACGUGUCGCCAGCGCCUCGCCCGCGCCCACAUCGUCGGCGGACGCCCUCACGCCGCCCUCGAGGAGAUCGCCGUGGCCCUCGGCAGCGCCCCUGACGGAUACGGCGUCCACGCCCUGCACACGCUGGCGGCAGAGGCUCACCUGGAGGCCGGGGAACACGCCGAGGCACAAGCCGCCCUCUCGCGCGCCCUCACCGCCCACCCGCACCACGUGCCCGCCCACCUCGCCUUCUCCAGGAUGCUGCAGGCCAAUGGAAGCAGGGUGGAAGAAGCCGAACAGUGGCUCAGGAGGGCCGUGGCUCUGGCUCCUAACGAUCCACACGCACACAAACAUUUAGGCCAACUGUUGCUGGAAACGGACCGCGUGGAGGAAGCGGUGGGGGCGUGGCUGCGGGCGGCGCUGCUGGACCCGACGGACCACACGGCUGCCUUCAACGCCGCCACCGCCCUCAGGCUCGCCGGCAGGAACCAGCACGCCGAGACCUUCUACAGGAGGGCGGUGCAGCUCAUGCCUAAGGACGUGGCCAGCCACCGCAACCUGGGCGCCAUCCUGCACCUGAACGGCAAGCUGGACGAGGCGCGCAGGCACUACCACGAGGCCCUGAGUCUGGCCCCGGGCGACCCUCAGACGACCACCAACCUGGAGAGGCUGUCGGCGCUCGUCAGCAAGAAGGGCCUGUCGUAGGGCGCGCGCCUGCGGGAGACACUCAGCAACACAUCGCCGUUCUUGAUGUUCUUGGUGUUUGUUCAGUAUUGGUAACGAGCGCAGAGAACUAACCUAAGCCUACAUCGCAUCACAUCCACAUCAACCGUUCAUGGAGAUAACUAAGAAGAGGAACGAAGGAGAGACAAGGAAAAAGGGGGAGAAGGAGAAUAUAGAAGAAGGAAGAGAGGAGAAGAAGCAGAAGAGGGUGUAUGGAAAUGUCUCAUGCCAGUCUGUGAUGGGCUUGCAGUAUUCGUGUUUUAUAAAUAUAUGUCAACAAUGAAUUGACGAUGGAUGAAAAGGAUCCCGAAGUAAAGAGGAGAAAUCGAGAAAGUUUGGAGGCGAACUAAAGAGAAAAGAAAAACAACACAGUAUAAAUUAGAAGAAAAAAAAAAGAAACGAACUUUUUGAAAGGGAAUAUAUAUAUAACCAUUUUUCUAUUUACAAGUUUUAUGAUAAUCUUGAAAUAUCCAUCGAUCUUCAAGACGCUUUAUGAUUACCUUGAUUCAUUAUUCUAGAUACACCAUUUAACGAUAGGAGAACACUAUAUCCUGCUCAACACAUCAUCGUUGACAUACGAGACAAAGAAUUCCGUAACCCCUUCCCCCAAAAAAGUUUAAGAAAAAAAAAUUCAAGUACUUCCAUAUAUAGAUUUACAUCGUACUCGUGUACCACAAUUGUUUAUUUCCCUAAGGUGAUCUUAUAAACAUGCAGGACUUACCUUUUUAUAUAUAGCUCUCCACGUCCUGCCGUUCUGUUUAUAUCCCGUUGGAAUCGGACACAGGAUCCCUCUCUCCCCCAUCCCCGAACACCCUCCUCUAUUCGGUGUUUCGAACGACAGCGAAACGUGUUUCAUUUUCUUCCCGAAAAGUGGUAUUAAAAUCCGAUACGUAAACAAACGAAAACGAAAGGGUUCGGAUACCACAAGGAAGGGGAUUCGACUCCUCGAACGCGUUCACAUGAAUGUUCGAAACCCACAAAUACAUUAUCUCUCCCUUCUUCGCUGUGACCCCCUCUAUAAUAACCACCUAUACAUCGGUGUUAUGUGUGAUAUUUGUUGACAUUUCCUUCGCUAAUAUUUGCAACAUUAUCAUGAAUUAAUAUCGCUUUCAUCGUGAAUAAGGUACGAAAAUCUAUUAAAUAAAUACAAAAAAAAAAAACAUAUAUAAAAUGGCUUACCUCCCCUGAGAUGACUUUCCUGUUGGUGACUGAGAUUUUUAUGGACUCAUAAAACACGAAACUCCCGGACGAACGAUCGAAACCCAGUGAGAAUAUGAUUAAAUUAAUAUAUAAAUGGAUAAGAAAAAAUAGCAUAAAAGGCUAAGAUUUAUAUAUUGUUGAUUCACUAUUUCUGUUGCAUUUUUUUCCAGAACUCAGUGCGAAUAACGACACACUAUUGUGAGAUACAUAUAUAUAUAUAUAUAUAUAUAUAUAAAUAUAUACAUACAUA